AUGCCAAAAUCCCUGUUGUUCUUCUACUGUGCCUUUGGUCUCUCUCUUGUUUUUGUUCUGGAGGCUCAGACUGUACCUAAUGAAGAAUUGUCAGUCUUGUUGUCCAUAAAAUCAGUUCUGGUCGAUCCGAUGAAUUGCCUUAAAGACUGGAAGCUGCCACCAAGCAAGACCGUCGAGAAUAGUUCGCUUCAUUGCAACUGGACUGGCGUUUGGUGCAGCUCCAAAGGCUUUGUGGAAAAGCUUGAUCUGUCCAACAUGAAUCUCAGUGGCCAUUUAUCAGAUCACAUUCAAAGCUUGAGCAGCCUAUCUUCUCUUAACAUUUCCUGUAAUGAGUUUGCUUCAUCUUUGCCAAAAUCUCUGCACAAUCUCACCUCAUUGAAGACCAUUGAUGUGAGUCAAAACUCCUUUGUUGGCAAGUUUCCGACAGGUCUUGGAAGGUCUGCUGGAUUGACGUAUGUUAAUGCAUCGAGCAAUAACUUCUCCGGCUUUCUUCCAGAGGAUCUUGGCAAUGCAACGUCUCUUGAAAGCCUUGAUUUUAGAGGAAGUUUCUUUGAAGGUUCUAUUCCAACCUCAUACAGGAACCUGCAGAAGUUGAAGUUUCUUGGCCUUUCAGGUAAUAUUCUCUCUGGAACAAUCCCACGAGAGAUUGGGGAACUCUCAUCUUUAGAGACCAUUAUUCUGGGAUACAAUGAUUUUCGAGGUGCAAUCCCAGCUGAGCUAGGAAACCUUACAAAUCUUCAGUAUCUUGACUUGGCAGUGGGCAAUCUCAGUGGUCAAAUACCACCUGAGUUGGGUAGGCUGCAGAAACUUACCACAGUUUUUUUAUACAAAAAUAAGUUCAAAGGAAGGAUUCCACCAGAGAUUGGCAACAUUGCGUCGCUAGUGUUUUUGGAUCUCUCCGAUAACCAGAUUUCAGGCGAGAUACCAGGGGAGCUUUCAGAGUUGAAGAAUUUGCGGCUGCUGAACUUGAUGUGCAAUAAUAUAUCUGGUUUGGUUCCUGACAAGCUUGGGGAGUUAACUAAGUUAGAGGUUCUUGAGCUGUGGAAGAAUACUUUGACAGGCCCUUUGCCUAUGAACCUUGGAAAGAACUCACCUUUGCAAUGGUUAGACGUGUCAUCAAAUUCAUUAUCAGGCGAGAUUCCACCAGGUUUGUGUGACUCCGGCAAUCUCACUAAACUCAUCCUCUUCAACAAUUCAUUUUCAGGUUCAAUCCCACUGGGCCUUUCAACUUGUUUGUCCUUGGUUCGAGUUCGGAUACAACACAAUCUCAUUUCUGGGACUAUCCCAGUUGGCUUUGGAAGCCUACCAAUUCUCCAGCGACUAGAAUUGGCCAAAAACAACCUCACUGGCCAUAUUCCUUCAGAUAUUGCUAUGUCUACAUCCCUUUCUUUCAUCGAUGUCUCUUGGAACCACCUUGUAUCAUAUCUUCCUUCAAGUAUUCUCUCCCUCCCAGACCUCCAAACUUUUAUGGCCUCCAACAACAAUUUGCAUGGCAAAAUCCCAGACCAGUUUCAAGAUUGCCCUUCCCUCUCAGUCCUUGAUCUCUCAAACAACCAGUUCUCCGGAAAAAUUCCAGAGAGUCUAGCUUCUUGUGAAAAGCUUGUCAAUUUGAACCUCCACAACAACUCUUUCACCGGAGAAAUCCCGAAACCAAUAGCCACAAUGCCCACAUUAGCCAUUCUUGACCUCUCCAACAAUUCUCUUUCCGGUCGAAUACCAGAGAACUUUGGAAGCUCACCAGCCUUGGAAAUGCUCAACUUGUCUUACAACAACCUCGAAGGCUCAGUACCCACCAAUGGCAUCCUAAUGACCAUCAACCCCAACGACCUUAUAGGCAACCGAGGCCUUUGUGGUGCCAUACUUCCACCUUGUACAAGAAGUUCCACAGCAAAAACAGGGCAAGCGAAAACUGUUCACAUCAACCACGUCGUUAUCGGAUUCAUCGUUGGAAUGUCAGUGAUUUGUUCUCUCUUCCUAGCCUUCUUUACAGGGAGAUACGUGUACAGAAAAUGGUAUCUCUACAACAGUUUCUUGGGCGAUCUUUUCUACAAGGGAAGCGAAGAAUGGCCAUGGAGACUCGUAGCUUUCCAAAGAGUGAACUUCACUAGUUGCGACAUUUUAUCAAGCAUAAAGGAGUCAAACGUGAUCGGCAUGGGAGGUACCGCUGUGGUUUACAAGGCCGAAAGCCACAGACCCAAUUCAGCUGUGGCUGUAAAGAAGCUAUGGAGGUCGAGUUCGGACAUGGAAAGCGGCGAUGACCUAUUGGGCGAAGUGAAUCUUCUGGGCAGGCUUCGACACAGAAACAUCGUACGGCUACUGGGUUAUCUCCAUAAUCAGACGGACGUGAUGAUGAUCUACGAGUUCAUGCCGAAUGGGAACCUUGCGACGGCCCUCCAUGGAAACCAAGCUGGAAAAUUGUUGGUGGACUGGGUUUCACGCUAUAAUAUAGCCGUUGGGGUGGCCCAAGGCUUGCAUUAUCUCCACCAUGAUUGUCACCCUUCGGUGAUCCACCGUGAUAUCAAGUCCAAUAAUAUACUGCUUGAUGCGAAUUUGGAGGCUCGAGUUGCAGAUUUCGGGUUGGCCAGGAUGAUGACUCAUAAGAAUGAGACCGUUUCCAUGGUUGCUGGUUCUUAUGGUUAUAUUGCUCCAGAAUAUGGUUACACAAUGAAAGUUGAUGAGAAGAUUGAUAUAUACAGCUACGGAGUAGUUCUAUUAGAGCUUCUAAGUGGAAAGACACCACUAGACCCUUCAUUUGGGGAGUCAGUGGAUAUAGUGGAAUGGGUUAGGAGUAAGAUACGAAACAAGAGAACCAUAGAAGACGCUUUGGACCCUUUCAUUGCUGGACAAUGCAAGCAUAUCCAAGAAGAGAUGCUUCUUGUGCUCAGAAUUGCUCUUCUUUGCACAGCAAAACUUCCCAAAGAUAGACCAUCAAUGAGGGACAUAAUAACCAUGCUUGGUGAGGCUAAGCCAAGGAGGAAAAGCAUUUGUCUAGAUGUGACACCAAAAGAUAAACCCAUCUUUACUACCUCAUCACCAAACAGUAACACUACUAGUAGUAACACUAGUAGCCCUCCUGUGAGGUCAUCAUUUCUCCCAGCUCCUGCUUUUAUUUUUUAGUCUAUUAUUUCUCUUUUUCUAUGUAAAUCUUUUACUUUUAUAGUUUUUGGUCAUAAUAAGUCAGUUGUAGAUUAAGACCAGACUAGCAAAAUAUUCUGUAUGUGGAACAAUGAAAGUGUUAAUAUAUAUAAUCCAAAAUCCUAAGUUUGGUGUUUGCUUUUGCUUAUUUCAGAUUUUGAUGAACUCUGACUGAAGAAGAAUAUCAUAAGCACCUC